AUGCUGGAAUUUUCAAAUUCCAUCGGUGAAAGGAUCGCCAGGCGAUUAAAUCCAGGCUCCAAAAAUCAUACGCUGAUUCAAGUGCAGUCCGAGGAACCCAGGGAUACAGAUCCUAGCCAGGACAAUGGAACGCUAACGGCCAGUUAUCAUGGGCAAGAUAACAACGGUGGCAGCCGGUCCCAAUUGUGGACCCCAACGGUCCUCCGCCCGUGGGCCUUCGUCGCAUUUGCGACGCUCUUUAUUGCCAUCCUGAUCGUGGUCCAAGUGCUUUAUAGCGUGUCAAACAAAAACAACGGCAUAAGUGCGAGCGACGCAAAGUACCGUUAUCUGUGGACAUACGGUCCAACUGCUGUUCUAAUUAUCGUGGCCGGAAUCUGGGGACAGGUGGAGUACCGCACAAAGCAACUCAUGCCAUGGAAACUUAUGGGCCAAGCCCCAAGACCGGCAUCGCAGAGUUUGCUACUAGAUUAUGUUUCGGACUGGAACGUAGUCACCUUGUUCAGGGCCUUGAAGCACUGCCAUUGGGUCGUUGCCAUCGCAGUCCUCGGAACCCUCCUCUUGAAGCUGCUUACGGUCGCUUCGACGGGCCUUUUCAUGCUUCAGAAGGUCCGCGUCAGCGAUGUCCACACCAGAUUAACAGCGGAAGCGACGUUUAGCGGCACGGGAUAUGGCAGUGCGAAGGUUGAUAGCAAUGCUGCGUUGACCGUUGUCGGCAAUAAAUUUCUGAAUCUUCCCCAUCCCGUCGGAACCACGGACAAGUAUGCGUUUGUCCCUUUCCACGGAUCCGAUACGCCAUCAGAUUCGAACACGAUUCUCUCCGGUACCGUGGAUAUAUUCUCCACGGAUUUAAGCUGUGAAGUAGCAACCGUCAAAAACUGGACUCAGGGAUGCGCAACCCAGCACUGUGAACAAACACUGUUCAACUUGACUCUAAGCACCCCAGAAUGCUCACAAUACCAGUUCAACGCAUUCAGUAGAAGCACUUCUGCUGUGGGCGGAUGGCAUGCAACCGUCCUCUCGGAGAGGUGUGCCAGUUCCAAUGAUGACACGAACACGGACCGAAUGAUUUUCGCUGUUGCCCACUGGCUGAAUGAUAGUGCGCAGGUACAGUCCCUUGUUUGUGAGCCUACGUACACGAUAUCGCCAGGAUUGGUCUCACUAUUUAAAAGCAACCAAAGUGUUGCGGAAAUCAACUCCAGUGGCAAGGUGGCCACAUCCAAUCACACAAUCCCGGGUGUAACAGUGGUCGAUGUAGUCUCGGGGUUGCUUGCUACGUUGACAGCCGCAGAUAGCUCUGUGGGGACCCUUAUAGAGUUAGAUGGUGGCAUAUAUGCCAAUUUAGCGGACCCGAACAGUAACUACCUCGAACCCUUUUACCGGAUUGCGACUGUUUCAUCUCCGGACAAUUUUGAGCCCUUAUUGGAUGCAGCAUACUUGGAGGCUAUCUCUCGUCCAGUUUAUAAUGCAAUUGCUGCACAGCUAGCAAGGCAAUACCUCAUGACUUCCGCGAAUAAGCCAUUCGAUGGCGUAUACUCAGCAUCUACAGAAAAGCUCCUGGUGCGAGAAUUGUCAGUCCGACUUAUGGAGGCCGCGUUGGCGCUUUUGAUUUUGGUGACUGGGGCGAUUUGGAUGUGGAGUCCGGCCAAAUGCACACCUCGAGACCCUGGCACAAUAUCUGGCAUGGCAACGAUAUUAGCCCGAAGCCCCGAUUUAUCUGAUCGACUCUCCGGCAUUAAAAACGGGAAGGACCUGAAGUCAUCUCUGGCGGGCGGUCUCUUUGUUUCAGAGAUCGCCAGCAUGGACGGCCAACGAAGCUUCGGUAUCGUCACGAAGCAUGAUGCCAAAGAGGAACUUCGUGCUACUGAAGCUUCUAGCCAGAUAUCCUGGUGGAAACCUCUUGCAAUGUCGUUGGGUUGGCGCAUCCUUACCUUAGCUGUCCCUCUUCUCGUCAUUGUGGGACUAGAGACCACCUACCAGAUCUCUCAGAAACAAAAUGGCUUGGCUGAUAUCACAUCCGAUGGCUAUAUUCGCUACACCUGGGUAUAUAUCCCUGCGUUUAUAAUGCUGUUAAUCCAGGCUCUUUUCGAAUGCAACCACUUCUCCACCCAGGUUAUCCAGCCCUACUUGGAGCUGAGAGCAGGCGGCUUGACAGCACAGGAAAGCUUGAUGGACAAUUACCUGUCGAAGCUCACCAUGCAUGCCCUUUGGAGUGCACUUAUCAAAAGAAAGUAUGCAAUUGUCACUACGGCACUGACCAUGGUUCUGGCACCUUGUUUGACAAUCGCCGCGAGUGGUUUGUAUUCUACCGAAGCCGCUAGCUACGUGCGUGCAGUGUCUAUCUUGAGAAACGACUCAUUUAAUUCGACCGUGGAUCCUCAAGCUUACCACUCAGGGCAGAAAGGGAUAGGUCUUACCGGAGCUCUUGUCGUGGGGGCCAAUCUCUCAUAUCCAGACUGGACUUAUGACGAGGUCGUCCUUCCAGUUCUCAACGAUAGUACGCUCACGGAUGUGAAAGAAGAUACCAUAUAUAAGCCCACAAACCAGAGCUCUACGACUGACAGCGUUUUGGAGCUGACGUAUCCUGCUCUCCGUGCCGGCCUCAACUGUACCGUCCUUGAAGCAAGCCAGAUUUUAAAAACGACUUCGUACACCAGGGGUUCCAUGAUGGCGUGGCUGUCUCUCGGGGGUGAGUGUUGGACUAGUAGCAGGAAAGUUGACAACGAGACUGAAACGUAUUUCACGAUGACCCUUCCAACGAACUCCACGAGUUACAACGGCACUGCCUUUGGCACAUUUCAGGUUACAGAUAUGAUAAAUGAAAAGCCAGAGUGCCCGAAGAUGGCGGGCUUAUACGGGGUAGUGAACCACCCUAACUCCACCAACACUGACGGUAUUCGCGGAUUCACCUGUUUCCCGUACGUCGACGAAGUCGAUGUGGAUACAACAUUCACCGUUCCGGGAUACAAGAUCCAGUCCGUCAAGCCAGACGAAUCCUCAAGCCGGCGGUUCGCAGAUAGCCUUACAUCACAGUUGGAUUUUGAUGCGUACUUACCCACGAGCGGCAAAGUCACUGAGUACGAGGGAUUCGACAACGUCUUCAUCGCGAUGAUACAAGAACAGAAGACAUUGACAGUUAUGGACGUUGAACAGACGGACCGGGUACCUGCCGUGAUCAACGCCACCCAGCAUCUCUAUCGCGUUCUUAUGGCUCAAAGCAUGAACGGCAACUCCCGACUGCCGCUAGAGAAAGAAACGAGAUACCAGGGGACGGUGGUCGAUCCUACGCGUGUCCGUCUCAAGCAAAGUGCUGUCUCUACCCGUAUCCUAGAAGGGUUUCUGGCCGCCAUGGCUCUUUGUAUUAUGGUGGCGUUCUACUUGGUGCGUCGGCGGGAGGUGAUUCCGGUGAACCCAUGCAGCAUCGCUGGGGCUGCGACGUUGUUGGCUGGCUCCGAAAUGCUGAAGCCGGACGUGAUCCCGCCUGGAUCAGAAUGGUGCGACGAUGCCGCGUUGGUGAAACAGGGCGUGUUCAGUGGGUUGGUGUUUGGGCUGGGGUGGUGGGAGGGGACGCGGUUUGCGAUUGAUAUUGGGCGUCCGGAGCAGUAG